UUGCAGAGGGAACAGGCUGUGUGUUCAGACCAGACUUGUUGAUCUCUAUUAGAAACCCCGCAGAAAGCAAGCUCAGCUCAGCUCUUCUCUCCCUGUGAAUUCACCUGCUGCAUACCUGGCCCUGGCUGUGAGGAGGAGGCCUGGCUGUGUGCAGGGCUGGGUGGGGGUCUGGCUGCACACACUGGAUCACACAGAGAUGCUGUGAAUCCUUAGGAGAAGGUCAUCUGGAUUGUGUGCACGGCAAGAAGAUGUAUUGCCGCUUCCAUGCCCCUGUGCUGCUCUCAGAAUGGAGGUGAAGGUGCCAAUCUAGCUGUCAACUUGCCCACCUUAGACACCCUAUCUCCCUAUCUCUAGAGCCUCGUCCAGUCCACAAGAAAAUGCCGGGCUGGAUGAAUAAACAUGGGUCUCGAUCUACUACCUCUUUACCCCCAGAUCCCAUGGACAUCAUCAGGAGCAAGUCCUGUUCCAGGCGGGUAAGACUGAACGUUGGGGGUCUGGCACACGAAGUGCUGUGGCGGACCUUGGACAGGUUGCCUCGUACGAGGCUUGGGAAACUUAGAGAUUGUAACACCCAUGACUCCCUAAUGGAGAUUUGUGAUGACUACAAUCUGGAGGAGAACGAGUACUUUUUUGACAGACAUCCAGGUGCUUUCACCUCUAUCUUAAACUUUUAUCGAACUGGGAAAUUGCACAUGAUGGAGGAGAUGUGCGCCUUGUCGUUCAGCCAAGAGUUGGAGUACUGGGGCAUUGAUGAGAUCUACCUGGAGUCUUGCUGUCAGGCCAGAUACCACCAGAAGAAGGAACAGAUGAACGAGGAGCUCAAAAGGGAAGCAGAGACUCUGAGGGAGAGAGAGGGGGAAGAGUUUGACAAUACCUGCUGUGCUGAUAAGAGGAAAAAACUAUGGGAUUUGUUAGAGAAACCCAACUCGUCUGUAGCUGCCAAGAUUUUGGCAAUCAUUUCCAUUCUGUUUAUUGUGUUAUCUACAAUUGCCUUGUCACUAAACACACUUCCAGAACUACAAGGUACAGAUGAAUUUGGGCAAAGCACAGACAAUCCCCAGCUUGCACACGUGGAAGCAGUCUGCAUCGCAUGGUUUACAAUGGAAUACCUCCUCAGAUUUUUAUCUUCACCUAAUAAAUGGAAGUUUUUUAAGGGACCUCUUAAUGUCAUUGACUUGUUAGCAAUCUUACCAUACUAUGUCACAAUAUUCCUCACAGAAUCCAACAAAAGUGUACUUCAGUUCCAAAACGUUAGACGAGUGGUGCAGAUUUUCCGUAUUAUGAGAAUACUACGAAUUCUAAAGUUGGCCAGGCACUCAACGGGUCUGCAGUCCUUGGGUUUCACGUUGAGAAGAAGUUAUAAUGAACUUGGAUUGCUCAUUUUAUUUCUUGCCAUGGGAAUUAUGAUUUUCUCAAGUUUGGUAUUUUUUGCGGAAAAAGAUGAAGAGGACACAAAAUUCAAAAGCAUCCCAGCGUCUUUCUGGUGGGCUACCAUUACAAUGACUACUGUUGGGUAUGGAGAUAUUUACCCAAAAACUCUUCUAGGUAAGAUAGUUGGUGGUUUGUGUUGUAUUGCUGGAGUAUUGGUAAUAGCUCUUCCCAUUCCUAUUAUAGUUAACAAUUUCUCAGAAUUCUACAAGGAACAAAAGCGUCAGGAGAAAGCCAUUAAACGAAGAGAAGCUCUUGAACGAGCCAAACGAAAUGGUAGCAUUGUCUCAAUGAAUAUGAAAGAUGCCUUUGCCCGGAGUAUAGAACUUAUGGAUGUAGUAGUUGAAAAGACUGAUGAUGAUACAGGAAGGAAUGAGAAAGUACAGGAUAACCACUUAUCACCCAGCAAAUGGAAAUGGACAAAGAGGACCCUGUCAGAGACAAGUUCCAAUAAGUCUUUUGAUGGGAAAGAUCAGGGUUCUCCAGAGAAGUCUCGAUCUUGCUCAAGUCCACAAAACCUCAAUGUCCAACAGUUAGAAGAUAUGUACAACAAAAUGGCAAAAACACAAUCCCAGCCCAUACUUACUUCAAAAGAGACCAAUCAGACGGGCAAACCAACAGAAGAACUUGAAAUGGAGACAAUCCCAGGUCCGGCAAUCCCACUCUUGACAACUCACAAGGAAGGCAUUGUUGAUAUGAGAAGCAUGUCAAGCAUAGACAGUUUCAUAAGCUGUACUGCUGAUUUUCCAGAAUCUGGAAGGUUCUCUCAUAGUCCAUUUGCAGUUCUUCCAUACAGGUCUAAUAUAAAUCCUGGGAGGGAUAUAUCUCGUGAAAUUAAAGACGGAAGGGAUAGACCACUAUCUAUGAAUGUCAGUGGAGAAAGCUUCACUGAAAUGUACACCAAAGCUGAUGGAAGCCGCCAUUCCACAUUCAUUUUAGACAGUCCCAAAGGUUUAGUAAAGGUUAAAAACCCUCUAAUGUUAAGGUCUCUAAAAGUAAACUUUCUGGAAGGUGAUACAAGUGAUCUUCUACCUACCACCAAUAUAUUAAGCCCCUCAGGGCAUAGAGAAAUUCACUCUAAAUUUGAUGGCUCUUUGUUUUCUGACCAGUCGGUAAGGAGUCCUGAAACUUCAAUGUACACGACCGCUAGUGCUCGAACGCCUUCCAAGUCUCCUGAAAAACAGAUGGCAAUAGCCUUCACUUUUCAUGAUGCUAAUGUACAUAAAUAUAUAGACGCCGACACAGAUGAUGAGGGCCAGCUGUUAGAUGGAUUGGAUUCUUGUCCCUCCAAAGAACUUCUGAGCAACUUGAGCCCAAAAUAUAACAUAUCCAACAGCGGCCAUCGAAAGCCAAGGGAUCCUGUCCACAGGACAGAAAAAAAUCACUUAGAAAGUGUUGCUUUAUCUAGCACAGCAAGGUUCCUAGGUCACAACUGCAUGUACUCUGCAGAAGGUAUUACUGGAAAAAGUCAGGGGAAUCUGGAAACGGUCAAGAUAGAAAAUCACAUUUCGCCGGAAGUUCAUGUACUGCCUGGAGGAAGAGGACAUUCAAAUACACACGACCCAAGCAUUUGACACAGGAUUAAAACAAUAAGGAGUUAUGAGGAAUGUUCAUUACUUGCACACUGAGCUUCUGCAUGGCAUUGACGAGGACUGAAGCUGGCAUCCGCUCCCUUUAGUCAGAGGGAAGGGAUUCAGAGGGGAACAAUAACUUUUUUCCUCUUGAACAAACUUAAGGAUGUUUCUUAAACCAUGCUAGACAUGUAAGUCACAUCUUGGAUAGGAACACUUGCUAAUAUUUGAUCUCCUUUUUUUUGAAAGCCAUUGUGACCAAAUAUGCCCCAAAUUAACAGAAACCUGUUUGUUUGUUUUUUUUAUUAGUUUUUUUUUUUAAAUUGUAUACACAGUUUAACUGCAUUUAAUUUAAUGGAAUAGUAAGGGUAAAAGUGACAACCAAGUUUUUUUUUUCCAAUGCAAAGUGGAGAUUAGAAGUGCAUAAUUUAAUUUAAGUGCAGUUUUAUUGCGAUCUCAAAGUAUGAAAGAUACGGGGAAUGUGACUUAUUCCCCUUGUAUUUUGUUGAUGUCUAAUGUAACGUUAGAAGCUGGAGCACAGCCAGGGUGAGUUGCACCAGUUGUUCCGAAUUUUGUAUUCCAUUAAUCCAGAAAAAGGGGCAUAAAAAGGACACAUCAUUUAUCUCAUCAGCAGAUAUCUAAAGGUUGUUUCAGUGGGGAGAAAAAAAAAAUCAGGGCAUUACACACUUUAGCUAUAG